CUGGAUCACCUGACAUCACCCAGCUUCUCCUUUCGAUGCUCAGCCUUUCCAUCGACCGAUAGCUUGUCUUAAAAACAGCAUUAUUUCGUCUUCUUAGCGUUCCCUGGCGUCAAAUUUUAAAUUUGGGCCGACGAUAUUUUGCCGAUCCAGCAGGUUAGACGUCCGGAUAGAUGCUGCUAGAGUGUAUGAUGAACGGACACGCUAUUUUGUAUACGGGGGUCACUUUGGCCUUCUGGAGCACCAUACUAAUCGUUGGGCUCUGCUAUACCAUAUUUGACCUCGGGUUCCGCUUCGAUGUGGCAUGGUUCCUGACGGAGACCUCUCCUUUCAUGUGGGCCAAUCUGGGCAUCGGCUUGGCCAUCUCUCUGUCUGUGGUGGGCGCAGCCUGGGGGAUCUACAUCACUGGCUCAAGCAUCCUCGGCGGUGGAGUCAAGGCUCCACGAAUCAAAACCAAGAAUUUGGUCAGCAUCAUCUUCUGUGAAGCUGUGGCGAUCUAUGGGAUCAUCAUGGCCAUUGUAAUCAGCAACAUGGCCGAGAACUUCUCUGGAACGACCCCUGAGAGCAUCGGAGCGAGGAACUACCAAGCUGGUUACUCCAUGUUUGGAGCCGGUCUGACCGUCGGCUUCUCCAACCUCUUCUGCGGCAUCUGCGUCGGCAUCGUGGGCAGCGGCGCGGCGCUGGCGGACGCCCAGAACGGCAGCCUCUUCGUGAAGAUCCUCAUCGUGGAGAUCUUCGGCAGCGCCAUCGGCCUCUUCGGCGUCAUCGUGGCCAUUCUGCAGACAUCUAAGGUAAAGAUGGGUGACUAGAAGAUGGGACAAAAAAGACACUGCUGGAAAACAAGACGGAUUAUUGUGUAAAUACAUCGUAAAUUAUUUAAAUGUCUCUAUCUUCCUGGUGUUGUUUUUUUAACCCAUCAUUUAUGCAAGAGUGGACCGUGCGCACCCAACUGUAUUUUCCUGAGAGGAAACAUGAAUGUUGAAUAAGGUAAACGGGCAAAAAAAAAAAGAUGCCGGUGUUUUGUGUGCGCAUUUCUGGAUUAUCAGACCCCCUCAGUUCAGUGCGAUAAGUAGCGCGAGCAGAAUGUUCAUGAGCCGCAGGAGUUCCCGUCUGUUUCCUGACACCAGCCAGAGUGUUCGAGGCGACGACUCGCAGCUCCCAAACCCCACAGGCGGGUUCACAGCAGUUGGGUUUGAAUCCAUGCCGUACGAUUUCUGGCCACUCUUUGAUAAAUGAUGAGUUUAACAAUGACACCUGCGAAUUUGAAAAUAUUUCUGUGUGUGUGUGUGUGUGUGUGAGAGAGAGAUGGACAAGUGAUUUUUCUUUUUUUCACGUGAAGCAUCAGGGUGUUUGUCAUUGUGUUCAUUACUGUAGCCUGUUUUUUUUUUUUGUUGUUUUUUUUCAAACUGUCUUGGUAAAAAUAAGCAAGCGGUCCUUAAUCCACGCCGCCGCCCCCACACAGUAUUUAUUUACUCCCGCCGUGAAACCGAACCGGUGAGGUCACUGCGCGGUUGGACUCGCUCUUUGGGAGCCAACAGCUCCUCAGAUCCUCAGAACUUUAUGGAGCCAAGAUGUCGACGUUUGAUGCCAACGAGCCUCCUGAACACAUCUGGCAGCCAUAACCUUCUUGCUUACUCCCCCCCCGAGUCAUCUCUAUUUCAUCCACUUUCUCAAGUUACUAGUAAACCGUCUUAGACCGCAACGGGAGUUUAUUUUGGAGCCACUCUGUAGUACCAGAGGUCUUGACAAAUAACCCUUUUGUAAAGACUGGUGGUUGACUUUGCUUUUAUGUAACAUCAGCUGAUCUGGCACCAAGAAAACACUGAUUCAAUCACAUAAACAAUUUGAUGGAUGCAGGCGCAGAAGUUCUAUAGAGCCUCACUUUUAUUUAUUUUUUAAACCCUAGAAUGCUUAUACAUCCACGUUUCCAUUGUUUUCUAACAUUCCUUAAAGAAGCUGAAUGUGUGUGUGUGCGUGCGUGUAAAGCCGAGUUGUAUUUUUGGGUUAAGGUGCAAUUCAAAUGAUAGAAUUAGACUUCUGCUACGUCACAACAAAGCCAUCAAAAAACCCAUCAUCAAAGUUACACGUUCUUUUUCUUUUGGUUAGCUGGUAGCUUUGCAGCACAGCUGUUGACGCUGACUCUGUGUAUCUGUGUAAAUGGAUAAUUCCUCUGAACCGUUUGUCAAGUUGAUGUCGGCACAGAGAGCAAAAGGCCCUCGAGGUGGUUUUAUUAUUAUACCGAGAUGUAACUCCAGCGUUUGUUGGGCCGACCAGGCUGCGCAUCGAACGCCGGGCUUACACUGAGUGUUGUUGGUACCGUGUGUGCAUUAUGUUGAUGUGGUGGUGAUCAGACAAACUCAUUGUUUUUGACAUUGUGUAUGAUGAUAAAAGAUCUUGCUUCUGGCUUCAUAAAUGUCCUUGAGAGAAUAAAGUUGUCCAAUCAAGA